AUGUCAGAGGAGUUCAAAUUGAUAGGAGCAACGUGGCCGGUCACAUUUGAGGAGCUUUGUCCCGGGCUCUUCACUUUUCUGUUACCUGCAGUAGUCACAGAAGCGUUAGCCAAAGACGAAUUGGAGCUCGAAUGCAACCUAAGAUCUUUGCUGGUCAAGUCUGAAGAAGGGGGUUUGCCUUGCAAAGUAGGAGACGAGGGUAUGGAGCUCAACGAGGCAUUUGAACUCGAAGACGCAGAAUUGGACUCUGUUCUUGAGCUCUGCUUCGUGGACGAGAUCCCCAGCAUUUUCCCCAGCUUGGUCAUGGCUGAAUUAGGGUGUCUUUCAGCUGUUUCUGAGGCGGCCAUUUACCUCUUCUUGAUGCCCGAUUUUCGAUUGGUGGAAAAUCACCAAAACACGUAA